UCAUCAUUUCUUGACUAGGUUCCGCGUCACCGUAUGGGUAUCUUAUCCCCUCCUCUCAGAUCCCAAUGCCAUCCAUUCUUAAUUAUAAUAACACCAAAAAUUCCUUGCCCCUUUAGCUCUGCACGAAGAUUGGUUUUAUAGAUCGACGAUUCGACUUCUGGGGUUGGUUAAAAUUUCAUCUUUUUUCAUUUGAAAGGUUUUGGUUAUCUGAUUUCGAGUUGUGAUCGUGGUUCUUAGGUUUCUUGGGGUUGGAAGAAAAACAAUGACUUAUAGCACUGUUCUGUUGCAUAUUCGUUUCUAUUUUAGUUUCCUUUUUCUUUUUAAUUUGGUUGAAGAUGGGAAUUUUACGAGUUUUGGAGCUAAACACAGCUGUACAGGACACAUAUACACUUUUUAAGUUUAUCAUUUUGUGAGAUUCUGGUGUGAAUUGUUUUCUUUGUACUCUUUAGCCUUGCCUUUUCCACAAUGUGUACCCUUUGAUAUUAACAUUGAAGAUACAACUCUUACUAUACUGACUUUAUUAUAUAUUAUUUAAUCCCUUUGUAGUUUAUAGUUUUGAUUUGUGAGAAGGACAUUAUUUAGUUUUGAUCAAGGGAGAAUGAUGGAUCAUAUUAGUAAUGAGGCCAGUGUUGACCGUUUUCCAAUUGGUCCUUCUGGCAUUCUUGGUAGGACAAUUGCUUUCAGGGUUCUUUUUUGCAAGUCUAUCUCACAUUUUAGGCACCACAUAUUUAUUGUGUUGUUAGAUCUCUUCUAUAGGUUUAGGGGGGGUUUGGCAUCCUUUAUAUCAUGGUUGCAUCCCAGGAACCCUCAAGGGAUAUUGGCAAUGAUGACAAUUGUUGCUUUCUUGUUGAAACGAUACACAAAUGUGAAAUCAAGGGCUGAAAUGGCAUAUAGGAGGAAGUUUUGGAGAAACAUGAUGAGAAGUGCUUUGACCUAUGAGGAGUGGGCUCAUGCAGCUAAGAUGCUUGAUAAAGAGACAACAAAGAUGAAUGAAUCAGACCUUUAUGAUGUGGAAUUGGUGAGGAACAAGCUUCAAGAGCUCCGCCACCGUCGACAAGAGGGAUCUCUCGGAGAUAUAAUGUUUUUUAUGCGUGCCGAUCUUAUUAGAAAUUUAGGUAAUAUGUGUAACCCUGAACUACACAAGGGUAGGCUUCAGGUGCCUAAAUUAAUCAAGGAGUACAUUGAUGAAGUAACGACUCAAUUGAGAAUGGUCUGUGAUUCUGAUUCAGAGGAGCUAUCAUUGGAAGAAAAGCUUGCUUUCAUGCAUGAAACUAGGCAUGCAUUUGGGAGGACUGCUUUGCUGUUAAGUGGGGGUGCCUCUCUUGGAGCUUCUCAUGUGGGUGUAGUUAAAACACUGGUAGAACAUAAACUCAUGCCUAGGAUAAUUGCUGGUUCAAGUGUGGGAUCCAUUAUGUGUGCUGUUGUUGCCACUAGGACUUGGCCUGAGCUCCAGAGCUUUUUUGAGGAUUCAUGGCACUCAUUGCAAUUUUUUGAUCAAAUGGGUGGGAUUUUUGCAGUUGUUAAGAGAGUCACAACAUUGGGUGCUGUUCAUGAGAUCAGACAGUUGCAAAUGAUGUUGAGGCAUCUAACAAGCAACCUUACAUUUCAAGAAGCUUAUGACAUGACAGGCAGAAUUCUUGGGAUUACUGUUUGUUCCCCAAGGAAGCAUGAACCGCCUAGAUGUCUUAACUACUUGACUUCACCCCAUGUGGUUAUAUGGAGUGCAGUAACCGCUUCUUGUGCCUUUCCUGGCCUUUUUGAGGCUCAAGAAUUGAUGGCAAAGGAUAGAAGUGGAGAGAUUGUUCCUUACCACCCUCCUUUUAACUUAGGCCCUGAAGAGGGCUCCACACCAGUGCGCCGUUGGAGGGAUGGUAGCUUGGAGAUUGAUUUACCUAUGAUGCAGUUGAAAGAACUAUUCAAUGUCAAUCAUUUUAUAGUUAGUCAGGCCAACCCUCAUAUUGCACCACUAUUGAGAUUGAAAGAAUUUGUGCGGACUUAUGGGGGCAACUUUGCUGCCAAGCUUGCUCAUCUUGUGGAGAUGGAGGUGAAACAUAGGUGUCAUCAAAUACUGGAACUUGGUUUUCCAUUAGGUGGACUUGCUAAAUUGUUUGCUCAAGACUGGGAAGGUGAUGUGACUGUUGUUAUUCCCGCAACUCUUGCUCAGUACACCAAAAUUAUACAGAACCCUUCUUAUGGAGAGCUUCAAAAGGCAGCCAACCAAGGGAGAAGAUGUACCUGGGAGAAACUUUCAGCCAUAAAAGCAAAUUGUGGCAUUGAGCUUGCUCUUGAUGAGUGUGUUGUGAUUCUCAAUCAUAUGAGAAGACUAAAGAGAAUUGCUGAGAGAGCUGCUUCUGCCUCUCAUGGUUUGUCCAGCACUGUCAGGUUCAGUGCUUCAAAAAGAAUUCCUUCGUGGAAUUGCAUUGCACGAGAGAAUUCGACCGGCUCCCUUGAGGACCUUACUGAUGUUGCCUCCUCAUUGCAUCAAGGCAUCGGCAGUUCCAGCAGAGCCAAUGGCAAAACUUGGAAGACCCACCGUGGCAUACAUGAUGGAAGUGACAGUGACUCUGAAAGUGUUGAUUUGCAUUCUUGGACAAGAACUGGCGGGCCUUUGAUGAGAACUACUUCAGCAAAUAUGUUCGUUGAUUUUCUCCAAAACUUAGAGGUUGAUACGGAUCCUAAUAAAGGCUUAGUGAGUCACACUAUCCAUAAUGAUUUUCAGUAUCAUAGCCCCAGGCUCACAACACUAGAUAGGAACUCUGAUAGCACAGAAUCUGAGCCAAGGGAAACUGGCAACAGGGUUGUCAAUGUGUCCAGCAUACUUGUGACCGAAGGUGAUCUUCUGCAGCCUGAAAGGAUCCAUAAUGGGAUUGUGUUUAAUGUUGUCAAGAAAGAAGACUUGUCACCCUUAAGUAGUAGCAGUCAUGGUUUUGAAAAUUACAACAUUGAAGUUGCUGAAUGUGUCCAAGAUGAGUGUCCAGGGAAGGAGAUAGAUGCUGCUAGCUCUGCAUCUGAACACGGAGAUGAUGAAGAAUCCAUGCCAGCCAGGUCCUUAACUGACAUGCCAGAUUACAAUUCCAUUGAUCAUCAUUCGGGCACAGAUUCGGGUAUGGAUCAAAGCAUUGUUGACAGUUAGUGUCAAGUAUCAGUUCUUUUCCAGUGACAUUUUAAUAUUUUGUUCCUAUUGCCCUCCAUAUUGUAAAUAGUACUCAUUCUAGACUUGGAGAGGUCUUUAUUCAUGAUUUUGAUGGGAAUAGCCCACCAAUUUGGUUUGCUCAUAAAUGUAACAAAGAUAAAGAGUUUGUAUACAUAAAUUCCACGACAACAUUGAUAUUUCUUGGUUACCACUUCUCAGAUGAAUGAAAUGGAGACAUGGUUUUCAUAA